CACUAAUCCAAUAUGGCGGCCGAACUGAACGAAGUUUGUGUAAAAAAUGAGUGAUUCAGCUACAAAAUGGAAAAAAUUAUGGCAAUAAUCGCUAUUUCGUUAGGAAAGAAAGCCACAGUUUAUGCUGUAGGAAGAUAUUAUGGUUUCCCAAGGUUGUACAGACGACUAGUAGAAUUUAACAGACGUGUCUGUGCUGAUAGACAAGUUAUGAGAAGACGACAAGAAAUUGUAAAAAAUAUUUUUAGGUUUCCAAAUAAAAUAAUUGCACUAUUCAGACAGAAAAAGAAAACUACAUGACAUUAGGACCUCAACACUGCAAGACCUAAACAUUGUUACCAGUGAAACUUUAUAUUCAAAACUAAUAGUGUAAAAUAAUAAUGGUGAAGAAUAGUAUGGACAUGAAAAAAACAGUUCCUAACCAUUAUGUCACAAUUAAGGGAAAAUUAGUUCUCAUUUGUGUGGGAUGUUUUUUGGGUGUAAGUGAAUUUUAUAUUAUUUAUCCUAAAAUGAUUGUACAAUUUAAAACAAUAUAUUGCAAAGAAAAUCCUGUGAUUUCUAUAUUUUAAAUUUAAUUUUGAUAACAGAAAACACUUCCACUUCAGUCACAAAGUUCUAAGCUACUGUAUUGCUGGAAUGAAUUGAAAAUGCAGUAUUUAUUUUAAGAUUUCAACAGGGCUUUCAGAAUGUUUUGGAGUAAUCUUAAGUCUGAAUUAGCUGGCUGUGAUCAGAUAGAUUAAUGAUAAUUUUUUUAUACAAAAGAAAAAGUAGUCUGCAGUUAACUUUGAAGCAACUGCUGGAGCUCCGACAGCCACCAGCUUAUUAUGAAAGCCCUGUUCAAGAUAAAUCAUAAAAUUUAAAAAUCAGUGCAAAAUAUAUGUUAGGCUACCUGUGGUAUGAGUUGAGCUCAGUAAAAGACUAGUGACUUGGAAGAACUUGUGAACUAUGUGAACUUCAAGCUUUAGGAUACAAGGAAUUUUAGAACUAAAAUUUCUUCAAGAGAAUCAAAGACUAAAAAGAAAACAGUCUGAUCUGCCAUUGAACUGCUUGUAUCAACUUAUAAUGUGAAAUGAUAAUAUAUUUAUUGAUUUAAUAAAAAUAGUGACUUCAA